CCGACGCUUUCCAGUAAAACGAGGGAUUUUUAGCGAAAUUUGACAUAAGAAACAAAGUUCAUGUUACAGUUUAUGUCAGAUUUAAUACUUGGUCAGAAACAUGUUGUUUAAAUGUGACAUCCGGUCGUUACAUUGAUGUGGGGAUGACAUGAGAACACAUGCAGUUCGAGUUUCCCAACACACUCGACACCAGCGGAGAGUUUCAUCAGGUCUUUUCAGGAGACUCUGAUAGCGCCACUCAUACGACGAAUCAGAUUCCUUGCAUGUGAUCGUGGGGAUUCCCCUCUUCUUUGAAAGCUUGAGGAUUUAUCGGCAUCUAUCGCUGCAUGAAUGUUUUUAAUCGUCAUAUCUGUCAAUGUGAUAAGUGUUAAUGUUCCUGGGAUACUGAUGAAGUAUAUUGGUCUUGAAUUUGUCUCAUGACUUGAUGCUGUGCCUUCCAGUAAAAUCAGUGACAUCAUUGCCAGUAACCUUGUUGUUUAUCUUGUACACAUCCUGUGUAGGGACUAUGGUCGCUCCACUUUUUCGACGAAUCGGGUUCCUAGCAUGUGAUCGUGAUUGACAGCUUGUUCAGACCGUCAUGUUCAAAGACUCCGGCGGCAUCUAUCGCAGCAUCAAGUGGGAGCAUUAAGAAAACUAAUCAUAGUCACAAUGUUUGACUUUAAGAUCAUCAAUUAUUUUCUGCUUUUCAUGGGUUUCGCCGGGGCUGCUUCUGGCGAGACUGUGGUCGAAUUAUCAGUGGUCGAAGGAGGAAACCUCACCGUCUUCACUGCGACCACUCGAUCAGAGGAAGACCCCCAGAUUCUGACCAGCCGACUUCACGGAGCAUCAGAAGAUCUGAUCGCACAGCUGUCCUGUAACAAUAACAACUGCACAAAUGAAUGCUCGGAAACUGUUUUAAUUCGUUACGAUGCACAGAAUGUUACAAUUGUCCUCGUGAACGCCAACCGCAACCAACAAACGGGGCGAUACAAAGUUUACGUUCACUGUGGCACACGCAACGAAAACUGGAUGUACAACAUAACUGUAUUCGAGUCUACACGCAGUGUCAUCAGCCCAGAAUCUCCUCCUUCUUACAUCAUCAGUAAACCAGUAACUGCGGGUAUAAGGGCUACUCUUGGCAUCUUGGUCUUUGCCCUCUUUAUUGGUGUCAUCUUCUACAUAUAUUGGAGAUACCAUAGGAAGGCAAGUAUUAUCAAUGGGAAAUGUGAUGAGCGGUGACCUCUCAUUAAUGUGAUUGUGAAAUGAAACUAGCAAGUUGUCGUCAUUUCAUCACUCUCAUGACAUUAUAAACCCGAUUGGCCUCUUCUGCGAGCAUGAGAAGACAUUUUAAAAAUUGCUAAUGCUUUUCUUUUUUUAUACAGUAAAGAAGAAUUAUAAAUUAAAUUUAGUCUAAUAGGUCAAGGCCAAGGGUUUGAAAAAAUAUUUGAGUGGUUUAUCCAUUUAACCAUGAAAAGAUGAGCUAAUCUGGUUUGUCCAUCAUAACGUGUUUAAGCUGUGUAUUUGUAUUUACUUCUAGGGGACACUGCCGGAUGCGGUGCCUUAAAUCGUGCCGUCAGCAGAACUAUGCAAACUGUUGAGAAUGAUCUUCUUGAUCGAUCACAUUACAUACUGUAUGUACUGUUUCUGAAUGUAGGUGCUGUUGAUUUAAAGUGCACUGAGACUGUUUAUGGUCCUCUUAUACAGCACACGCCUAGUACCCGACUGACCUGAUUGAGAAAACAUAAAAUGUUGAAAUGUGAAAACACCUUGUAUUUCAGGUUAAUGUCUGCUAAAAUCCUUUGGUCUUAUGACUGUCUGAGGGUAAACAUUGAUCUGAUUGUUUAUACAGUGGGGAAUUCUUAGAGAAUAACGGGUGGGGCUGAAGGAGUGUGUGUAGACCUGUAAACCACUGCAAUUGUGUGAGUGACUUCACCUUUUACAAAGACGAAAAUUAUCCAAUAAAAUAACAACAACCGGAUAUAUUUCAUAAUGACACAUGAAUGUGAUUUAUAGA